AUUGCCCUUGAUGUUUGCAAUGGAAUUCGCCCAGUAUUUACAAAAGAAACACCACAGAUAUAUAUUAAUCUAGCAAAUGAAUGCAUGAAUGUAGACCCAAACAAACAACCUCAUGUAAACUGGCUUACCGACAUCCUGGAUUUGGACUUAUCAUUAAUCUUCCAAUUACCUAUAUUAAAAUCAAAGUAUUCAACGCUCACUAAUGAAUAUUCAGCUGACAUUUCAGAUGGUUCAUAUUCUAUAAACCCUAAUGAAUAUUCAGCUGACGUUUCAGAUGGCUCAUAUUCUAUAAACCCUAUAGAAAAUAGUCUAAAUACCGUUGGAAAUACUUUUGGAUUAGCUACUCAAUCUCCUAUUCUUCAAAAUUCCUCACAUAACUUUAAGGAAGAUGUUAAUAUUGGAUUGAUACCAAGGGUCUGGGAGCUCUUGGGCCCAUUUUCUACUGGAACACGUGAACAAGAUUUUGGAGCGGAUCCUUUGGAAGCUUACGGUGGCUUUAGGAAUUUAAGUUUUUCAAAAACUCAAUCAUUUCCUUCAGAGUUGGCAGAUAAUGGAACAGUAAAAUGGUCAACUAUAAUGACAAAUAUGGAUGGUUCUGUUGGCCCUAUACAUUUUAAAAAUUUAAGGUGGGAAUUUAAUAGAGAACCGUUUGGCUGGGCGAUGAAUCAGUUUCAAAUGUGGGCAAGAGGAUAUUUUGAGCUUUCAGAUUCGGAUCUUAAAGAUGUAUCUGAUACGAUUCCGGUUUUAGUUCAAUGUCAAAACAUUGGUGAUUUUUAUGUAGAUGAUCGAAGGCUCUUUGGUGAUUGGUAUGGGUACAAGAAUUCUUGGCAUGUUCUUUAUCUUCGUCCUGGCAAGCAUGUUAUCAACGUUCGUCUGGUGAAUGAAAUUCGGAUCUUUGGUGGAAAUAUUCCGCCAGACGUUCAGUUUCAAUGUUUUGUACGAAAAUUAGAAUUUCAUCAAAUUGGUGCGAUGGUUCUGGAUAACACUGUACUUGUUCCCGAUUUGGUCUAUGGUAUUUUGGCUGGAAAGUUUGCCAGCGUUGCGAUUUUGAACACUCAAGAAAAGUUUUGGAUCACUGUCUCAAAGGUCAAUGUUAUUAAUAAUAACGUUAAUAUGACUGCAUCACUUACCUGUGGUAAAUCUGUUGUUGAUUCGAUAGUCGGAAUUCGUAUUGCUCCAUCUCAACAACGGAACAUUAAAAUAUGUUUAAAUAUUGAAUCACCAGUACCCAAUACGAUGCCAUUGUCAUUUCAAUUACAAUUUCUAAUUAUUUCUCGAACUGAUAAAAGAAUUAUUUAUUGGACUAAAGUCACAGAUCUAAUUUCAAUAAGUAACAAAAUUUUUGAUGGCGCGUAUAAAUUCACAUUUGAAGAUUUUGAUACCACUGUGCAAUAUGCAAUGGCAAUGCCUCCUUCGCAAUCAUGUCAUCCUCAUAAAUGUCCCAUUUUGGUGGCUCUGCAUGGUGCGGGUGUCGAAACUCAAUCUGUAUUUUGGAUAAAUGCUUAUAAAAAACAACAAAGCGCAUGGGUUCUUUUUCCUACCGGAAGAACACCAUGGGGAUAUGAUUGGCAUGGUCCUAGCUUAAAGAAUAUUCAAAUGACAAUAACAACAUUGGAAAAAUUUAUGCCAGGUGUACCAAAAUUUCUAGAACAAUUAUUCUUGCCAGAUGCUAAUAGGCUAUUCAUCUCUGGUCAUUCAAAUGGUGGCCAAGGUGCAUGGUUUUUUAUGACUCACUUUCCGGAUUCAGUGAUUGCAGGAACUCCGGCUGCCGCAUAUACUAAAAUUCAGAGUUAUGUGCCCUAUUAUUGGAAUAGCGAUGCUCAUUUAGAUCCCUUUCUUAAAGGAGUUAACAUCCCAAUAUUAGCAAGAGCCGGCUCGGACGAUAAUAAUGUUCCACCUCUACAUUCUCGUAUGCUUGUCCGUCUUGUUAAUGAACAUUCUGGAGAUCCAAAAGCAAUCAGACUUUCUGAAAUACCUGGCCAAGGGCAUUGGUUUGAUAAAGUUAUGGACGAUGAUGUGAUGCAAGAGUUCAUGGAUGAACAUUUAAAACUCGAUCAUUUGAAUAAAAGUAAUUUAUGUCCUACGAAAUUUACUAUAACCUUAUUGAACCCUGCAAGCUUUGGUGGUAAAUGUGGAAUUCAGAUUGAACAAUUAAAAAUUCCAUUCAGAUUAGGUAAACUUCAUGUACAGAUUGAAAAAACUUCUCAUGUUGACUCUAGUCAUUUUCUAUUGGAUGGUUACUUUCGACAAAAUAAUAAUAAAUGGGUGUUUCAUAGCGGUUGUUCAUGGCACAAAAAGGAGAAGCAUCCAGCAACUUAUGGCCCUGCAAUAACAAUUCUUGAAUCUACGCAACCGCUAAGAAUAGUUAUUGGAACCAUUAAAAGAAACAAGAAUAAUUGUACUAAUAAAUUCUUUGAAGUUGCUCAAGAGAUUGCUCAUAGUUGGUAUCUUUAUGGAAGAGGAGAUGCUGAAAUUCUGUUUGAUUCAGAGUUUAUAACAAAAAAAAAUAAAUUAGUUGAUAAUAUUAAAGGAAAUUUGAUUUUAUUGGGUGGUUCAUACGAAAAUCACGUCACGCGAUUUUUAUUAAAAAAAUACAAUGAAGUGAAAUUUAACGAGGAUGGUUCGUUUAGUUUAAAUUAUAAACCAUUUCUUGAGGCUGGAAGUGGUAUUCUAUUCCUUCAUCCCUAUAAAACAGACUAUUUAGCCUUAAUUCUGGCUGGUAUAGAUCAUAAAGGUCUUGAUCAAGUUGCCAAAUUAUUUCCUAAGAGAACUGGAGUUCCUAUUCCAGAUUGGAUUAUCGUAGGACCUGAAUCUUCAUGGAAAGGUGCUGGUGGGUUACUUGGCGCUGGAUUUUGGGAUAAUGAAUGGAAGUUCGAUGAUUCGAUUGGAUAUUUGGUGUAA